UCCGCCACCGGCACCGGCACCGCAGCGCACCGGGCCGGGCGGGCACCGGGGCUGGUGCGGGCCGCCCCCGCCGCCCCCCCAGAAAUGGAAACAAACAACCAUUUUAACUUCACUGGCCUUUCCUCUGCACCCGCUGCCUCAGGACCGAAACCCACGCCUGCCUCAGGGGACUCCCCCUUCACCCACAGCUCCCCGCUCAGCUUCCCCCAGCAAGGGAAAAGUCUGAACGGGGGCAUGAAUGUCAAUGGCUUCUCUACUGUAUCACACCCGGGUACUUCAGGGACGUUCUCGCCCGGCUCCGCGCCCGCCGGGGCCCAGCCCCUCCGCGCCUACGACUGCCUGUGGGACUACUCGCCCUACGCGCCCGCCGGCGGCCUCAAGGACGGGGGCCCGCCCGCCCUCGGACAGUUCCCCCUCAACGGCGUGGCCGGGGGGUCGCGGCCGGCGUCGCCGGGGCACGGCACCAACCUGCGGGCGGCCGGGCAGGAGUUCUGGGGCAACGGCACCGCCGGGCCCAUGGGGCUGAGCUUCGACUCGCAGGAGCUCUACGACUCCUUCCACGACCAGAGCUUCGAGCUGAUGCAGAACGGGCCUGACGGCUUCUACGCGGCGGGUCAGUCCUCGCCCAUACUGAGCUCGGACACGCAGCCCUUCCCACUGGCUCCGGACGAGCCGGACCCCGGCCAGGGGGAUGCUGACGGCGCAGCCAAAGAGAUGCCCACCACCACCACCACCACCAUCACAGAGAACGGGGGUGGGCUGGUGGGCAGCCAGGAGCUGGAGGAGGCACAGCCAGACCUGAAGAUCUGCAGCUACAACGGGGCUGCAGCCGCUGGCGCGGGCUCGCUGGGGCCGGAGGGGCCCGUCCUGGCACCCAGGGCCAGCGGGUGCCUGGGGGACGCGUCGCCCAUCGCCCCGCGGCUGGAGGACACCCACAUCCUCAGCGAGGACCCCCUGGAGCCCUUCGAGUCCCUGGCCAGAGACCCCGGCACCGGCGACCUGUACGCCAUGGACGACUCGCAGCUGGUGAGCGACAAGUCCUCCUUGGAGGAGCCCCCCGACCUGGCCGCCAGCCCCCCACUCCACGCCGGCCCCUUCAGCCUGCUGCCCGCCAGCCCCUCGCCCGCCCCGCUGCUCGAUGGCCCCGGCUCGCCGCCCGCCCUGCCCGGCGACAACGCCGAGCUGAAGAGCGGCGACCACGCGGGGCUGCGGGAGUCGGGGUCCCUGGAGCUCGACCCUCCGCUGGAGCCGGAGUCUCCGGCCCCGUCUGCGGAGGAGGAGGAAGAGGAGGACGAAGAGGAGGAGGAGGAGGCUGCCGAUAGCUGCCCGGACACUUCGGCCGCGCCAGAAGGAGAGAGCGAGGAGCCCGCCCUGCUGAGUGCCUCGGGGGCAGGUGAUGUCCCUCGCCGGCGCAUCGCCACGCAGGAGGAGGUGCGCUUCCCGCUGCAGCACGGGUGGAGGCGGGAGGUUCGGAUCAAGAAGGGGAACCAUCGCUGGCAGGGCGAGACCUGGUACUACGGCCCCUGCGGGAAGAGGAUGAAGCAGUUCCCGGAGGUGAUCAAGUACCUGAGCAGGAACAUGGUGCAGGACGUCCGGCGAGAGCACUUCAGCUUCAGCCCCCGCAUGCCCGUGGGAGACUUCUACGAGGAGCGGGACACGCCAGAGGGCGUGCAGUGGGUGAAGCUGAGCCCCGAGGAGAUCCCCGGGCGCAUCCAGGCCAUCACGGGCAAGCGCGGCCGGCCCCGCAACGCCGAGAAGGCCAAGCCCAAGGAGCCCCCGGCCACCAAACGGGGCCGGGGCCGCCCGCCCAAGGUCAGGAUGGUGGAUUUGCUGAGCAAGACGGACGCGCGGCUGCUGAAGAGGCUGGAAGCACAAGAGGUGCUCAGCGAGGAGGACAAGCUGAAAAUGAGCAAGAUCAAGAAGAAGAUGAGGCGGAAGGUGCGGGCAUGGGGCUCGGGGGCUGCUCAGGUUUGGUGGGGGGGGUUUCCCUGGUGCAGGGGGUCUCUGAGCGGGUCUUUGUCCUCCCCUCAGGCCAAGAACAAGCAGAAGCAGGAGGCCAAAGCCCCGAGGGCCAAGGAGGCCAAGAAAAAAUCUAAGGCCAAGGAGAAGAAGGGGAAGCCAGAGAAGGGCAAGGACAAGGCCCGGCCCAAGGAGAAGAAGGGCAAGGGGCCUCGGAAGGCGGACAAGGGGCUGCUGGCCCAGCGGCGCCUGGAGGAGCGGCAGCGGCAGCAGCUCAUCCUGGAGGAGAUGAAGAAGCCCACGGAGGACAUGUGCCUGGGGGACCACCAGCCCCUUCCAGCCUUCUCCCGCAUCCCGGGGCUCGUCCUGCCCAGCCGCGCCUUCUCCGACUGCCUGACGGUGGUGGAGUUCCUGCAGAGCUACGGGAAGGUGCUGGGGCUGGAGCCGGCACGGGACGUGCCCACGCUGGGCGCGCUGCAGGAGGGGCUGCUGGGGGUGGCCCCCGGCGCGGGGCAGCUGCAGGACCUGCUGGUGAGGCUGCUGCAGGCAGCGCUCUGCGACCCCGGGCUGCCACCCUACUGCCAGUCCCUGAAGAUCCUGGGGGAGAAGGUGUCGGAGAUCAGCCUGAACCGCGACACCGUGUCCGAGGUGCUGCGCUGCUUCCUGACGGCGCACGGGGCGGGCGCGGAGCUGUGCGAGGGGCUGCGCACCAAACCCUUCCAGGCGCUGCCCCCGGAGUGCAAAGCCGCCAUCCUGGUCUUCCUCAUCAACGAGCUCAACAGCAGCGCCCUCAUCAUCAGCGAGAUCGACAAGACCCUGGAGAACAUGUCCAACUACAGGAAGAACAAGUGGAUCAUCGAGGGCCGACUGCGCAGGCUGAAGUUUGCCCUGGCCAAGAAGACGGGCCGUCCCGAGUCGGAGAUCACGGGGCUGGAGGACGGCCGGCGCCGGCGCAGCUCCCGCCUGACCGAGGACGUGGGGCUGGAGAUGGAGGAGGAGGAGGAGACCCGGGGGCGGAGAUCCCGCCGGGAGGAGGAGGUUGACACGUCUGCAUCCAGCGUCCCGGAGCUGGAGCGGCAGAUCGAGAAGCUGGCCAAGAGGCAGAUGUUCUUCCGCAAGAAGCUGCUCCAUUCCUCGCAGACCCUGCGCGCAGCCUCCCUGGGCCAGGACCGCUUCCGGCGCCGCUACUGGGUCCUGCCCCACCUGGGCGGCAUCUUCGUGGAGGGCGCGGAGGCAGCGGAGCCGGUGGCUCAGGAGCCUCCAGAGGAGAAGGUGUCCCCGCACGUGCCCCCGGUGAAGGAGGAGCCGGCCGCCGUGCCCGUUGCCAGCCGGACGAGCUGCCCGGCCUCGGCCUCGCGCGCCCGCGGGCGGCCCCGGAAGAGCAAAGAGGAGCUGGCACAGCACUGCGAGCCCUGCCCCGUCCCGCUCAACGGGGUCCUGGAGGAGCCAGAGCCCCUGGGGCAGAGCCAGCACGACCUCAGCCAGUCGGCCUUCCUGUCCUGGCUGAGCCAGACCCAGUCGUCCCUGCUCAAGGACUCAGUCCUCACCCCGGCCAGCAGCCCCGGCAAAGGGGACACGGGGCUCCCGCCCCCCGGGGCCCCCUCGGACCCCAUGGAGGAGGAAGAGGAGGAGGAGGAGGAGGAGAGAGCCCCGGAGGCCGUGGCAAAGCGAGGGCCCUGGUUCAACCUGCUGCCCCGCACGCCUUGCGAUGACCGAGCCGCCCUCGCUACCUCCUCGGCCGAGCCCUCGCCACGAGCCCCCGCAGCCCCCCGCAGCCAGAGCCGUGGGGAGCCCCCCAAGGGCUCGGCACGGCAGCUGAACGGCCUCCCCGCAGACGACCCCACGGCUCCCCUGCUCGCCUCCACGCCGGUGCACGCCGGCCCCAGGGCCCACGGCGCCUGCCCCCGCAGCCAGGGCAGCCUGGAAAAGCUCCAGGACGUGCCGGGACAACCCAAACGCCGAGGGAGACCCCCCACCAAAUUCUUCAAGCAGAUGGAGCAGAAAUACCUGACGCAGCUGACGGAGCAGCCGGUGCCCACCGAGAUGCAGAGCGGGUGGUGGUGGCUGCGGGACCCCGAGGAGCUGGAGGCCGUGGCGCGGGCGCUGCACCCGCGCGGCAUCCGGGAGAAGGCCCUGCACAAGCACCUCACCAAGCACAAGGAGUUCCUGCGCGAGGUUUGCCUCCGGACCACCACCGACCCCAUCUUCCACCCGCGCCCGGACUCGGCCGCUGCUGCGGUGUCUCAGGAAGCCCUGGCGCAGUGGUCAGUGCCGGACAGAGCCUACGAGACCGACCUGGGCGUCCUGCAGUGGGUGGAGGAGCUGGAGCAGCGCGUCCUCAUGGCCGACCUGCAGAUCCGGGGCUGGACGUGCCCCAGCCCGGACUCGACGCGGGACGACCUGAGGUACUGCGAGCACAAGGUGGAGCCCCUGGAGGACAUCACGGUGCGCAGCCGGCGGGACGGGCUGCCGCUGCGCCGGGAGCUCACCAACCCCCUGGACCUGGCCGUGCUCCGGCUGGCGGCGCUGGAGCAGAACCUGGAGCGCCGCUACCUGAAGGAGCCGCUGUGGCCGCUGCACGAGGUGGUGCUGGAGAAAGCGGUGCUGAGCGGCCCCGAGGAGCUGAGCCUGGGCCCCACUGAGAUCGCCUACGAGAUCACGCCGCGGGUGCGGACGUGGCGGCAGACGCUGGAGCGGUGCCGCAGCGCGGCCCAGGUGUCCCUGUGCAUCUUCCAGCUGGAGAAAUCCAUCGCCUGGGAGAAAUCCGUCAACAGAGUGACCUGCCUGGUUUGCCGGCGAGGGGAUGACGACGAGCACCUGCUGCUGUGCGACGGCUGCGACCGCGGCUGCCACCUCUACUGCCACCGGCCCCGCAUGACAGAGGUGCCCGAGGGCGACUGGUUCUGCUCCGUCUGCGUGGCCCGGGCAGGGCAGUACCGGGACCCCGUCUCUCCGCGGCGAGGCAAGAAGCGGAAACGGGGCCGCGGGGUCGGGGGCAGCCCCGGCGAGGAGGAGCCGAGCCCACGGCGCCGCCCGGCCCCGCGGCGUCGGGAGGGGCUGCCCGUGUCCCCCCGGUGCCCGGGGGAGGGUCUGACCCCCCCCCGCCGGAGGAGCUCGGCCCUGCGGGGCCAGCCCAGCGACCUGACCUUCUGCGAGAUCAUCCUGAUGGAGAUGGAGUCGCACGAGGACGCCUGGCCCUUCCUGGAGCCCGUGAACCCCCGGCUGGUCCCCGGCUACCGCAAGAUCAUCAAGAACCCCAUGGACUUCGCCACCAUGCGCACGAGGCUGCUGCGGGGCGGGUACUCGAGCUCGGCGGAGUUCGCUGCCGACGCCCUUUUGGUGUUCGACAACUGCCAGACCUUCAACGAGGACGACUCGGCCGUGGGCCGCGCCGGCCACGCCAUGCGCCGGUUCUUCCAGAGCCGGUGGGAGGAAUUUUAUCAGGGAAAACGCGCUCCCAACCCGUGAGCGGGGGGGCCCGUGCCGUGCCCCCCACCCCCGGGGCCGGGGGUCUCCCCACGCCCCCACGAACUGCCUCCUCUGGAGCUGCUCUCGCUGCCUGCUGAUCCCACACUGGGGGGGUGACCCCACAAAACCUCUGGCAGCGUGAACGGGCCCCCCCCCCCCCCCGCCCCUAAACUCCCCCUCCCCACCCUCAAAGCGGCCCCUUCCCGCUGCCAGGACCACCCCCCCCCCAAAAUC